AUGCCGGGUGCUAGAAUCCACCCUUAUCACCAGCAGAGACCUCCGGUACAAGCUCCUCCGCCCUCUGCAGUCGCGUCUUCUCUGCCAUCUCACCCUUCUCAUCAUGACGUGGUUCAUACUAUCUUCAUUGCGGGUCUUCCUGAAGAUGUCAAAGAAAGAGAACUACAAAAUUUACUGAGAUGGCUUCCAGUUGCUGCCAAGGAUGCCCUUCAUGAAAUGGUUUCUGAUGUCAAGUUGAAGUCCCUUUUGCACAUUGAGAUGGUAAAGAAUAAUCUAGUUGUUAAAAGUGGAAUACUUACAGAUUAUGAUGCAUUUGACAUGCAUGGAUGUUAUCCUGUUCCUCCAGUACUGCCAAUGCCAAAUCCAACUCCUGUAGCACCUCAAAGUAUUUAUGUGCCUGUUAAAACUGGGUGUUAUUAUGAAAAGUCUGUCGCGGAUAUUGUCCACGAUGGAACCAAGGAGUCCACCACAAAGGGGUACAGUAAUGACAAGUCUGGAUGCUAUAUGUUAUUUAUUGAAAAUCUACUAGAGGAGAUCCAUUGA